AUGAAGGAUUUGGGUCUUCUCAGCUAUUUUCUCGGCUUGGAAAUCUCUCAUGAUCCAUCUGGUUACUUUCUCUCCCAAGCCAAGUAUACUUCUGAUCUCUUGGCUCGUGCUAGUCUUACCGAUUGCAAGACUGCCUCUACUCCCCUUAAUCCUCAAACUCAUCUCACACCUCUUGACGGUCACUUAUUGUCUGAUGUUACUUUGUAUCGUCAGCUAGUUGGCAGUCUUGUCUAUCUUAUGGUUACUCGUCCAGACAUUACUUAUGCUGGUUACAUUAUUAGUCAGUUCAUGGAUGUUCCUCGCUCUCUGCACUAUGAUGCUCUAGUUCACAUUUUACACUAUCUUAAAGGCACUAUGUUUCAUGGUCUUCACUACUCCGCUCACUAUUCCCUACAGUUACAUACAUUUUCUAAUACUGAUUGGGUAGGGGACCCUACUGAUCACCGUUCUAUUACAGGAUUCUGCUUCUUCUUGGGUGACACUCUCAUUGCCUAG